GCCUUGUCGAUUUUUUUUUAAUUUUGCGCACCGCUGUAAUGGAGCUUGACCCUCUGCUUCAGAAGCCAACUGCCAGUGCCAGCACAAUCCAGACCCCUGACCUCAAAUCCUGGAUUAAGAAGAAUAUCAAGAAGAAGGAAUGCUGCUUCUACGUGCAGACUGAGAGAGAAGGCUUUUGUAAAUGUGGCUACCCGAAAGACGACCAUGUUGAGGAUGCUUUCAAGCCAGAGAGGUUUCUGGGACAGUCCUGGGAAGAACAGAAGCACACGCAUGAGGUUGCCACUGACGCCUUUGGGGACAUCGACUUUGGAGGCCUCGGCCAAAACAAGAGCAAGUAUGUGCGCGUCUCCUCAGACACCCCCGCUGAUGUUUUGUACCACCUGAUUAAGAACCGCUGGGAGCUUCCAACCCCGAACCUACUCAUCUCGGUCACAGGCGGGGCCAAGAACUUCUACAUGAGGACACACCUGAAGCAGAAAUUCCGCAGGGGCCUAAUCAAAGUGGCACAGACAACAGGUGGUUGGGCAGGGGCCUGGAUCAUCACCGGGGGCACCCACACCGGAGUGAUGAAGCACGUGGGGAUGGCCGUGCGUGACUACACCCUCAGUAGCAGCGCUACCCAGGGGAAGAUUGUGGUCAUCGGGGUGGCCGCCUGGGGCACCGUGCACAAUCGCCAGUCCCUCGUAAACCCUGAGGGCUGUUUCCCUGCCCACUACACGCUGGACAAGCAGAGCCAGGGCCAGCUCUCCUGCCUGGAGAGCAACCACUCCCACUUCCUGCUGGCGGACGACGGCACGCACGGCCACUACGGCGUGGAGAACAGCCUGCGCAGCCGCCUGGAGGAGCAUCUGCAGUUGCAGAAAGCUGCAGUUGGCAAGUCUGAAAAUAAUAUGAAGAUCCCUGUUGUGUGUGUGGUGUUGGACGGAGGACAGGACACUCUGAAUACCAUCUGCAACGCCAUGCGGAGCGGAACCCCAUGUGUGGUUCUGGAGGGCUCGGGCCGGUUGGCUGACGUGAUCGCUAACGUGGCCUGGAAGCCUAAAUCGCAGGUCACCCCGGUUCAGAUCCAGAGGCUCAUAAAGAGGUUCUUCGGACAGGAGUACGAAAGCUUCUCCAAGGACAAAGUCAACGAGUGGACCAAUAAGAUCCAGAACAUCAUCAGGAUGCCACAUCUCCUGACUGUGUUCCGUAUGGAGAAGAACAAGAACAGUGACCUGGACGUAGCUAUCCUCCAGGCCUUCCUGAAAGCAUCCAGGACAGAGGAGAAUACGGGAUGGGAGAAGCAGCUGAAGCUGGCCAUGAACUGGAACCGCGUGGACAUUGCUGAGAGAGAGAUCUUCACGGCGGAGAGCCAAUGGCAGUCUAGCGACCUGCACAACGCCAUGUGCUUUGCCCUGGUGUCGAACAAGGCGGCGUUUGUGCGGCUGCUGCUGAAGAACGGUGUGAGCAUCCCCCAGUUCCUGUCCAAAGACGAGAAGCUGCACGAGCUCUACGCCAACAUGACCGACUGCCUCUUCCUCAAGCGGCUGCAGGGCAGCAAGGAGCACCAGCAGGGGCGGGUGUUGGCGGCGGUGGCCGAGGUGGUGCGCCAGCUACUGGGUAGAUUCACACAGCCCAUCUACAUCUCCUCACGGCCAUCCGCGGAGGAGCACGUCAAUGUGACUAACGAGGACCACAACACUGUGACUAGAGACCCUGGGAGAGACCUCUUCCUGUGGGCCGUUCUGCAGAAUAACAGAGAGCUGGCCCAGAUUGCCUGGGAACAGUGUAGAGACAGCACAGCUGCUGCUUUGGCAGCCAGCAAAAUUCUGAAGAAGCUGGCCGAGUCCAAGAACGACGACGAAGAUGAUGCCAACCGCAUGAUAGAACUUGCCAACCACUAUGAGAGACAGGCCAUUGGUGUGUUCAAUGCGUGCUAUACCAAGGAUGACCAGCGAGCCCAGAAACUUCUGAUCCGAAUCUCACCAUCUUGGGGAGAAGCCACAUGUCUACACAUGGCAGUACGGGCGGAAGACACAAACUUUAUGGCACAUUCAGGGGUUCAGGCUCAUCUCACCCAGAUCUGGUUUGGAAAGGUGGCUGUGGACACCGCUCCGUGGAAGAUACUCCUGUGCAUGCUGUUCUUCCCACUCAUCUACACUGGCUUCAUAACCUUUAGGCAGCAUCAUCGGCGGGCCUCAGGGGGCCAAGCCCAUCCAAAAAUGGAACCUCAGGACAGUGGCCAGAAGCCGCUGAGCUGCCUAACCAGGCUGACGGGCUUCUACUUAGCCCCACAGGUGAAGUUCUUCUGGAACAUCGCCUCCUACUCUGGGUUCCUGUGGCUCUUCUCCAUCGUGCUGAUGAUCGACUUCCAGCCUACGCCGUCAUGGAGGGAGUGGCUGCUCUAUGUGUGGGUGAUCUCUUUAACGUUUGAGGAGGUCAGACAGCUUUUUGAUGAUCCGGAUGGAUUUGGGUUGCGAAAGAAAGCCAGGAUGUAUAUGAAUGACUUAUGGAACAUUCUAGACUUGGCUUCCAUCCUGCUCUUCAUCGCUGGUCUUGCCUGCAGGUGGACCAGCAGUGCAUUUUACGUGGGAAAGGUCAUCCUCUGCAUGGACUUCAUCAUCUUCUGUCUGCGACUCAUGGCCAUCUUCACCAUCAGUAGGACCCUGGGCCCAAAAAUCAUCAUUGUCAAAAAGAUGAUGAUGGACCUGUUCUUCUUCAUGAUUAUGCUCAGUAUCUGGGUGGUGGCCUACGGGGUGGCUAAACAGGGCAUUCUGAUCCACAACGAGGAGAGACUGGACUGGAUCAUCAGAGGAGCUGUGUAUGAGCCCUACCUCAUCAUAUUCGGCACUGUCCCAACCAAUAUCGACAAUGCGCAGUUUGACAUGUCCACCUGCACUGUGAAUGGCACUAACCCUAAGCUACCAAAAUGCCCUGUGCUCAAUACCAACCAAAUGCCAGCCUUUCCCGAGUGGCUGACCAUCAUUAUGCUGUGUGUUUACCUCCUCUUUGCCAACAUCCUGCUCCUCAACCUCCUCAUUGCCAUCUUCAACUACACAUUUCAGGAGGUGCAGGACAACACAGACAAAAUCUGGAAGUUCCAGAGGCACGACCUGAUUAAAGAGUACCACAGUCGCCCGGCUCUGCCCCCUCCCUUCAUCCUCCUCAGCCACCUCUUCCUCCUGUUCAGGCUCUUCGUCAUCCGCCUCCAACCCCAGAAGCACAAGCAGUUCAGAAAACGGCUGUCUAAAAGUGAGGAGGAGGAGUUGAUGUCAUGGGAGGCCAUCAUGAGGGACAAGUAUGUGGCUACCCAACGCCAGAAAAAGAGUGAGAGCAUCGAGCAUCGCAUCCAGGACAUCGCUGACCGGGUCGUCUCCGUGUCCGAGCUGCUGGAGAGAGAGCACCAUCGGGACACCACGGCAGAGCGGCUGGUUCAGCUGGAGGAACAGGUCUCCCAGUCCGCUAAAGCAUUGCAAUGGAUCAUGGAAGCCUUAAAAGCCCAAGGUUACCAAUCUAAAGAGGAGCCUCCUUCCAUGUGUGAGUGAGGUGGCUUUAGACUGCCUCCCUCCUAAAUCAAAUACGUGAUUAACUGAAGCCAGUAAGUAAAGGUCCUGGUGAGAAGGACUUCUCACUGCCUCGCACUCACGGUUCAGGAAGAAACCUUGGGCAGAUCCACGGCUCAAGGGGCCAACCCAACUGCCUGGGGUCGUGCUAGUAGAGCAGGACAGGCAUGUGUGAUGUCUUGGGUGGAGUGGUGGUGGGACAGUUAAAAAAGGGGGGGUAAUAGUGGUGUACUGUAUGUAUGUAGGA